UGAACUGCUGGAGGCACACAGAUUGGAGGGGUGGGAAUUAGGGAGGAGAAAAACCAUCUGCAAAGCUCUCAUUUGCAGCUUGCUCUAGAAUGUGUGGAACACUGUCUUUAGUGGACAGUUAUUACCAUCACUUGUGCAUUCUAUUUUCAGGGAAGAGUCAACGUGUCCCCCCAUCUGCUCCCUUUGAACAAGUGCCUUUCGCCUCCCUGUCUUGGUGGCCUGACCCAGGAGUAAUCCACUCUGCUGCCGGCAUGCCCACCCAGCUGGAGAUGGCCAUGGACACGAUGAUUCGAAUCUUCCACCGGUACUCUUGCAAAGAGGGGGACAGGUUCAAGCUCAACAAAGGGGAACUGAAGAUGCUAUUACAGCGGGAGCUCACAGAGUUCCUCACAUGCCAAAAGGAUCCCCAGUUGGUGGAUAAGAUAAUGCAGGACCUGGACGCCAAUAAGGACAACGAAGUGGAUUUUAAUGAAUUUGUGGUCAUGGUGGCAGCUCUGACAGUUGCUUGUAAUGAUUAUUUUGUAGAGCAGCUGAAGAAGAAAGGCAAAUAAAGACAACUAGCAAGCCAACGAAAGGCAGGGAUAGACCCAAAGUUCUGUAUCUACUGUGAGUCUGUACCCUUCCUAGAGACACAGUGAUAUGACUUCUAGAUGUUGUAUAUGUCUACUUACUAGCAUUAAGUUAGAUUUACCUUGACGAACUGGCUUUAUACAGAUAUUCCAGAUCUUAUGCUCUCUGUUGAAAUUUACCCGUGUUGUUAAAAAUGUUAUGAUUUAUUUGUCAAAUAGAGAGCACCCACAAAUUUAGCCGCUUUUGAAAUGAGACUCAAAACUGAUGAGUUUCCAAGAUCUCAUUCUUAAAUUGUGUUUUGCAAUUCCUUCAUUACUGAUGAGAUUACUCGGCUCUCCCUAUAGGCUCCCGAUUGUGCGUCAAAUAGCAGAAACAGUGAAGGGCUGCGAGCAGAAAGUCUGGUAAAGAGAAAGACUGGCCUUUCGUGAGUUAGACUGGGGUGGGCGGAUUCAGGACUAGGUGUCCAAGCCGUAAGAGCUGAGGACAGCAAGUCUUAGGAGUUGGUGUGUAAAUACCCUCCCAUGCCCCUGGGGCUGAGUGUUUUCCCAGUUCCCAGAGGUUUCCCUAGGGUUAAGCAGCAUCAGGCCUUGGGGGAAGGGGAUACUUGCCUCUUCCCUGUCUCCUUCUUAGUCUUACUACAGUGCUCCAACUUAUCUGCUGUGCCUGAAAUAAAUGACCUGCACAAGAAUCCUCAAGGGAUCCAAACAGUGACAGGCAAUCUGGAGGGCCGGAAGAAAGGGAGUUGUAAUUUGAAGUGAUGAUCCUGGGUACCAGGGAAGAUGGUAGCACAGAGGGCGACUGUGAAGGAGGCUCUGCCGUGUUUGGGUGAAAGACCAAGGUGGCUCACCGUGGCUCAAGCCAGGAUUCUGCGAUGGAGGUGAAGGCGUGGGGGUGAUGGAUGUGAAGGCGUGCCGCUGAAGGGUUUGUGGGGAGAGACUGACAGAUCUUUGAGGGUUGACACGGCAGACUGUUGUUAGCCUGACACGCAGCCUGUCUUUCUCUACACAUCAGAAUUCUGUUUAUGCAUAGUGGCAAGGGACCAUUGAAAAAGAUUUGUUUCCCAAUAUGUUGUACCAGUGCGGGAGCCGGGCUUACCAUACAACUGGAUUAAGAAGGGAAAAUGAAGCCUGCCAGGAAUCACAGGGAGUGUUUUGGCUUUAGGUCUUCUACUUUCUACCUCUUAUAUCUUCCAUUUCCUUUCCUUUGGAAAGUCAAGGUGAGGCUUGGGGGUGGAGCUUCCAUCUCCCAGCGAAUCAGAGCUAAUUUAUUCUGAGUCAAAUAGGAGUGACCCAAGGCCAGGGAGACAGAAGGAAAACCAGGAGGGCGUGGCCAGGGAGCUAGAAAGAAAGCCAGGAGGGCGUGGCCAGGGAGAUAGAAGGAAAACCAUGAGGGCGUGGCCAGGGAGAUAGAAGGAAAGCCAGGAGUGGUCAGGAGACAGAAGGAAAGCCAGGAGGGGGUGGUGCCUUGGAAGCAUUCAGAGCUGGGAAUAGGUGAAAUCUUGAGGAGUAGGAUGAGAAGGGAGGAUGGGUGGCUAGGCUGUCAAGGCAGCGGUGAUGUCAGCGAUGCUGAAGAGGCUGAUUUGGAUUAGAAAAAGCCCCAGUCCCUGGCCCACAAGUAGUAGGUUCCCAAUACAUAUUUCUGUAAUAAACACAUGAAGGAACUUGCCAGCCAUUGGCAUUCCAGACUGAAGAUCUGCUGUGUUUAAUUUACGUAGAACAAUAUUUUUGCCUUCUUCAAAUCAGUUUUAAGCAGAGAGUUUGGGGAGAUUUCAGAGGUGGGCAAAGCAUUCAAGAGAAAAAUCUAGACUUUGCAAUGCCCUUACUCCUGCCUUUUAAAGGGGUGGGAGAAAGUAAACAAAAUUGGGCAUGUAUUUUGGCUGUGUGUAGGUUCUUUCCUUUUUUGCCUUUUAAAAGAAAUUGAAAAUAAAAACUUCAUGCAAUA